AUGACGGGAAGAAGUGCUGAUGAUUAUAAUACUGUUUUCAAUAUGAUGUUAACACAUGAAAAGAUUAAAAUUGGUCUUAAUCAAUUUUCCAUCAUCACAACAGAUUUUGAAGCAGCUUUGAUGAACUCUAUCAAAGAAAAGAUCAGCAAAGAGACAGUUCUUACUGGAUGCAUAUUUCAUUACAUUGCUGCGCUUGUAAAGAACUUUAAGAAGUUGUGCAAUCAAGAUGAUCAUGCAUCCAAAUCUUUAUUAAAAUUAUUAUGUGGGUGCCCAUUCGUUCCUAAUUCAGUUUUUAAACUUAUCUGUUCCAAGAUACUUCAAAAUUUGCCACUUAUUUCCUUCGCACAUGGAAAUAUAAAUACGAAGAAAUAA